GCCAGGAGGGCAGUGCGCCUGCGCGCAGUGCGCGAGGGAAGGAAGCCCGGGACCCGGGACUACAGGGAGGAAGGGCUCGUCUUCUGGUGGGCGGGGGUAGCCGCGCUGGGAGUCGCCAUGGCUACCGAGCCCGCAGCCGCAGAGCCAGCGGUGCCGUCGCUCGUGGAUCGUUACUUCACUCGCUGGUACAAAGCGGACGUCAAAGGAAAACCCUGUGAGGACCACUGCAUAUUGCAGCAUUCUAACCGAAUAUGUGUCAUCACAUUGGCAGGAUCUCAUCCAGUUCUUCAAAGUGGAAAAACUAUUAAGAGCAUUUCCUAUCAGAUCAGUACCAACUGUAGCAGACUUCAGAACAAGGUCUCUGGGAAAUUUAAGCGGGGGGCCCAGUUUCUCACAGAACUUGCACCUCUGUGUAAGAUUUAUUGCUCAGAUGGAGAAGAAUAUAUCAUAUCUAGCUGUGUUAGGGGACGGUUGAUGGAAGUAAAUGAAAACAUUCUCCAUGAGCCAUCUAUUCUUCAAGAGAAGCCAUCCACUGAAGGCUACAUUGCAGUUGUGUUACCCAAAUUUGAAGAAAGUAAAAGCAUCACAGAAGGGUUACUGACACAAAAGCAAUAUGAAGAAGUCGUGGUGAAACGCAUUAAUGCCACAGCAGCUGUGUCGUGAGGACUGAGGUGGAGUAAAAAGUGACAUGGGAGUCUGAUCCUUACCUGGCCUGAACAGUCAGUACAUUCGAGAAGAACAGUUUAUGCGGAGCAUACUUCUCACCCAGUCACCCACGGGGGAGUGAGCCUUCACUUACCUAGUUUGUCCUUUUUGUCUUGUGUAACAAGCCUGGGUUCCCCCUUUGUCUUUUGCCUCCCAGAUCUGCCCUGCCCAUGUCCUCUUCUUUUGCUUCUCUCUUUCUAACGUCUGACAAGCAAGGAAUGUUUUUCUGUUUUUUUUUUUUUAAGGUACUUUGAGGAAAGUUUGUAAAACACAGAC